CAUCUUAACAUUGCUCCACUCCCUCUCACUCUCAAAGUUGUCUCAUCUAUCAUCUACUAGCCAGUCACAACAUUCUUAUCCAACGCCAACUGCACCAAACACCACUUUCUACCCGCCUAAUCUCUCACCCGCAUCCUCCAGACGACUAGGGUUCAUACCCGAAGCUCGUCGCAACUUAGCCCAUUCCUCGUAAACAUCGUCGUCCGUAUGGUCUCAGUACCGUACAGAAUCUCCCUCCCGUCAUCCCCGCCCCCAAGCCCGCCUCGGUGCUCCGCACAGAUGGCUGUCGGCACAACGAACACUUCCGGAUCGUCCCCUGCAGGCAACAGCGCAGCUGCCGUUGCGCUCAAGAAUGCCAUCGCCGGAUCGACAAACGUGCCAAACCCAGAUACGGCGGACGCAGCGGAAGGGAACGGCAAUGAAGCCUCAUCAACUCAGCCAGUUGCUAGCACCACCGCCAUGCCCAAGCUCAGCGACUUCCAACUCAUUCGCGUGCUUGGGAAGGGUUGCGCGGGGCGAGUCUUGCUCGUCAAGCACACCCCGAGCUCCCGCGUACACGCGAUGAAGGCUAUAUCCAAGCGCGCGGUUUUGGCCAACGAUGAGCUCGACCACACACUGGCAGAACAGGAGAUUCUUCGUCACUUUUCGUGCCCAGAACGCAAGAACGCCUUCGUAUCGCGUCUCUAUUACUCGUUCUGCGACAAGGAGAACUUCUACCUCGUCAUGGAGUUCUAUCCGGGUGGCGACCUCGCUACGCAAAUGGAGAUCCAUGGCAUCCUGGGCCCCCUCCGCACACGAUUCUACACAUGCGAUAUUGUGGCUGGUCUCGAGGCAUUGCAUCGAGAAGGUAUUCUCGUCCGCGACCUCAAGCCAGAAAACAUUCUGCUCAAUUGGCACGGACACGCUGUUCUAGCCGACUUUGGGUUGUCCAAGAGCUUCGGGUAUCGCGGAGAACCUAUACCAGUCAAGCUUCCUCCAGAUUACAUCGAGGGCAAGGGUACCCCUCCCAUCUACGCUGGCAAGGGCUUCGGCUCGUAUCGCAACGGCGAGCUUACGUGGGACCGUGCAUACUCGUUUGUCGGCACACAGGAGUACCUUGCUCCAGAAGUCAUCAAGCGCAAUCAUUACACCUACGCCAUCGACUGGUGGGCAUUAGGCUGCAUUGUCUGCGAAUGUCUGACUGGCCGCGUCCCCUUCCGCGGGCACGAGGACGAGAGCAACGCGCAGUUGUACGAUCGCGUUGUCAAUGCACGCUGGGACGCCAUUUACAGAGGAGACUCUCACCCGGUCAGCUAUCUCAAGGACCGGUACAGAAUUGACUCGAUUACAUACGACUUCAUCGAUGGCCUGCUGCAGAAGGAGCCCAUGUUUCGUCUCACGGAGCCGAGCGUCAAAAGCCAUCCGUACUUUACAAACGUUGACUGGGCAACCGUCGCCAAGGGAGAUUACCAGGAUCCUUUCCAGCUUGAGAUUGAUCCUGUGGCUGAGUACAACACUCAAUUCUUCCCCCGCCUCUGCCUUGAGGAGACACCCACUGUCGACAUGUCGGGCCACGACUAUGGCAAGGACACGGAGCACGAGCAAAACGCUCUCACGAACGACGAGAUAUACGCAAAGUUGCAGGAUCAGUUUGCCCGCGAACUCGAGACGUUCGAAUGGUCGUGCCAAGGCUUUGACGAUACCGACGCGCCCGCAGAUGAUGGCGGCUUCCAAACUGACGAGCCUAUGGAGGGGAUCGAGGACGACCUGGCGUCGCACGAUGAGGCGCACGACGAGUCGGCGGACGAAGCCAUGCAUGAGCGUAUGGUAGUGUCGCCAUCAGCUGAGGAUGACUCCGAGAUGCGUGACAUCUCGAUGCCCGAUAUCUCGCAUGACGGCAGUCGACAGGAAGCGUCCCAGGAGCUCGAGCGUUUGCAGACGCCGUCAGACAGCCACGCGGCUGAUCUGAACGUUGACGGGGAGUCAACCAUGGAGGGCAAGGAAGACGGCGCGGUUGACGGUACGCCACGUCUCGAUACCACCGCGGAGGCAGUCACCCCCAAGGCGCCCGCCGCUGCAUCCGCAUCGCCCUCUGAGCGCGACACCCCGUCACCCGUGUCUUCAAAGGCCCCUACCGACGCCCAAGCUCCGUCAAUCAGGAGCCAGGCUUCGUCUGUUGCGACAUCUGCGCCCUCGCUUCCCUCCAUCCCGACGCAGGUGCCCACCAUUGCGACCAGACCUUCGUCCAUUGCGACGAGGCAGUCGUCAAAUGCAAUGCGCCCCACCUCUAUUGUGUCAAAGCCUCCCUCUAUUACCGCGACCAAGGCGUCCUCUACCUCCAGCAAGGCGCUGUCUGUUGGCACCAAGGCGCCAUCGAUUGACACCAAGAUUGUGUCUAGUCCUGUCUCUCCAAAGGCUCCAUCAAUCCGCCUUCCACCGCCCUCGGACUCCGUCGUCUCAUCGUCGCACGCCAUGAACAGCCACCCGGUACCGACUGUUGAGGUUGACGACGUCGAGGAGAUUCGUGGAGACAUUGCGAUGCCUGCCGACGGCCAGAUGCCCCGUCUACCAUCCGGCCCGCCGCUCAGCGGCCUCUCGGUCUCGGAUGUCAUCUCAAUCCCGUCUGCGCACCAGGGUAGCCCCAACCUCAUUAUCCGCCGCCACCGCCACCUCCCGAGCAUCGACUCGUAUCCGCACGCGCGUCUCUCUGUUGACCUCAACGGCACCUUUGGACAGCUGGGCGACGAAGACUGGGAACAGCUGGACGCCGAUGCCAUCCCGGAGCUGCCUAACGGUGCCAACGAGUCCGGGCGGGCAUCGCUAUUCUCGCGCGUGCUCAGCCGACGGCCGCAGGCGACUCGGAGCCGUCGAACCUCGACGUUCCGCACGCCGUCGUCACUGCGCAAGCCUGCCAGCACUGAGACAUCGGACACAUCGUCCGACAGGAGCCCAUCCAAGACGCGUCCGCCUCUCUUUGCCUCGCGGGGUAUUGAGAACACGAGGAGGGCAUUCACGAAGAUCAAGGCGUUCCCAGCUCCGGCGGGUCGUCCUGGGGACUCGCUCCGUCCUUCCGCACCCAAUUCCGCUGCUGCCUCACCGGUAAACUCGAUCCGCGGCAUGCCUCCGCCGUCCGCGUCCGCAGGGACCACGUCGCGCGCGGCUUCGCGCGCAGUAUCCAUGCGUGACAACCAGACACUGAGCCCUGAUGAUGCGACGACCAGGCGAGCUUCGAUGAUCGCCGCUCUCACUCCCGGGAGCAAACGGUCAAGCAACCGCUCGGGCGAUAUCCCCUCGCUCUUUGGCCGCCAGAAGGCACGCCGCCAGCGUCCCACCGACCGCUCGGGCGCAACGUCACGCUCCUCGAUCGAGAGCUCGACGACAGCCGAUGAGAACACGUCGGGCACGACUUCGCCUGGCCCGGCGGGCUCAUCCGCGCCGAGGGUCGAGCUCCAGCCAACUGCGCCCAUCGCGUGGGGCCAGGUGCUUGGCAAGGCCGACUAGGCGCCACUCUCAUCCCCAUAUCACCUGUCUCCCUGCCUCCUUCCCCCUCUCACACUAUCUGCACUCCUUGCAUACACUCACCGCAACUACAAGUUGAACGAGCACGCUU